CACAACAUGCAUGUGAAAACGGCUAAUAGGAGCUCUAGAGAUACCUAUUAUACGUUAGUGCCUCUAAAUUAUAUAUUGCGAUUUUUCAACCUAUCAUGCAUCUACCGCAAACACAAUCAGCUAAAGAUCUGCUGGUCAAUGAUGAGAAGUAUUCUCUACGUGAUGAUCUUCGGGUUCCUGAACUUCUUUUUCUUGUUCAAGAAGAUCCAGAGGCUGGACGUCAUUAGGAACAAAACAUUCCUCGUCACCUUCUCCGAUACCAUCCAGAUGAGCUAUCUCAUCGGAUACUUCGCGUACACCGUUGACUUGUUCUACGUCUACAAGUAUGGAAGAGAUGGUCUCCUAAAAUACUUCAAGACCUUCGACCAUAUCGAUCAGAUCCUUGGCAUGACUUGUUAUGAUGAAAUUCGGAAACUUAUCGUGAGGACUCUGGUCAUCUGCAUCGUGUUCUUCAUCACAAGUUCUUCUGUAGACUACGUGUGCUGGGUUGAGGGUUUCGGUUGGCUCUCCCCUACUUUGUAUUCUUUGGAUUAUUUUUAUUUCUUUCUAAGUACACUUAUGGCUGUUGAUGGCAUGUCUCAUGUUGUGCAAUUGGAGUAUCGUCUGAAAUUGAUAAAAAAUCUACUUCAGGGCUACUACAAUCCAAUGAACACAAAAACUGUACCUAAUCCAAACAAAGUGUGGGCUGUGAGAAGUGACACAGGAAAUCUUCAAUUGGAAUCUUUGAAAACCCUGAGCCAUGGCCGUUUCAUUGAAGCUAUAGGAUUCAACCGUUGUUACCUUCUGCUGCUGGAUCAGACUAGUUAUAUUAACUCUAAGUUUGGUGUUCGGGUUUUAAUAUUUUGUAUAAAUCUCCUCGUCAAUAUGAUCAACUUGUUGAAUGUGUCCAUCAGAUUCGCCACGGGAUCAAUGGUAUCACCAAAAGGUGUGAGUCGCUUACCAUCGUUCUCCAGUUUGCUAAGGUUUCUCAACUGGUCUGCAGUGGGAGUUUCCAUAGUGCUGCACUGUGAGAAGGUGUACAGAGAAGAAGAGAAGAUUGUGGAGGUCAUUGACCUCAUCCUGGUGAAUAAAGUUAAUUCUGACACUUUGACUACAACCCUGGUGAACUUUAGGAACCUGCUUCUGACCAGACCCAUCAGGUUCCAUGCAACCCACUUCUUCACAGUUAGGUAUCCACUACUGGUGUCUAUCAUCUCAUCAGCCGUGACGUAUACCAUUAUCAUGCUGCAGAGUAUAAAAUGA